AUGGUAAUAGCUGUUAGAAAUUCUUUGUCACUCGUAGCAAGUAGAGCUGCUGUUAUGGUGAUUCUGUUGCUUUUGAUCAGCGACUGCCAAUGCCAAGCACAACUUUAUUCUACAUUUUAUGAAAAGUCAUGCCCAAAUGCACUUGGGACCAUUCGCACAGCCAUCAGAACCGCUAUUGCACGAGAGCGUAGAAUGGCUGCUUCUCUAAUUCGCCUUCAUUUCCAUGACUGCUUUGUUCAGGGAUGUGAUGCCUCGAUCUUACUAGACGAUGCCCCCUCAAUCACAAGCGAAAAGGAUGCACUCCAAAACAAAGACUCUGCAAGAGGUUAUGAAGUCAUUGACAAGGCAAAAUCUGAUGUGGAACACAUUUGUCCUGGGGUUGUAUCUUGUGCAGAUAUCCUCGCAGUUGCAGCCAGGGAUGCCUCAGAAUACGUGGGUGGCCCAUCUUGGACAGUGAAGCUUGGGAGAAGAGAUUCAACCACUGCUAGUGUUAGUCUGGCAACCAGUCAACUUCCUCGUUUCACAGCCAGCCUCAAAAGCCUAAUCGAUCUCUUUAGGAGCAAGGGCCUUAGUGCAAGAGACAUGGUUGCUCUGUCAGGUUCCCAUACCAUUGGACAAGCUCAAUGCGUUACAUUUCGGAACAGGAUAUACAACAAUGCAAGUGACAUCGACGCCGGAUUUGCUAGCACACGCAGGCGCCGUUGUCCGGCCACUCUUGGCAAUGGCGAUGGAAAUUUGGCAGCACUUGAUCUGGUGACACCCAAUUCCUUUGACAACAACUACUUCAAGAACCUGAUGCAGAAGAAGGGUCUUCUGGAGUCUGAUCAAGUCCUUUUUAGCGGUGGUUCCACAGAUAACAUAGUCUCAGAAUAUAGCAGGAACCCUUCAACUUUCAAGUCUGAUUUUGCAGCUGCCAUGAUCAAAAUGGGAGAUAUCGAACCUCUAACCGGUUCAGCUGGGAUAAUAAGGAGGAUUUGCAGCCGUGUUGACUAGUUGAUGCAUCUCCUCACGUGUGGCAUGUACAUUUGUUAAC